GAACAAAGUAUACUUUCCCCUGAGUUCAAGAAUCCAUAACAGUACUUUUCAAGGAUAUAGUAUUAUAUACCAAGAUUACAUAACUAGUUCUUCUUGAUUCUUUUCUUUCCUAAAAAGAUCUCAACAUCUCUUUAGACAUUACUUUAUGCUCAAUCCACCAAUUUUUCAGAGUUUAAAUUUGAAUAUAUAAUAUGUACUGUAAAACUGUUCAUGAUCAACCUCAGUUCCAUUCUCUUGAAAAACAAUGCAGUCUAGGCCUGAAUUACCUGUUUAUGGCCGCGAUGAAGAUCGCCCUAUAAGGCGACACCAUAGUGCUAGCUACUAUGCCCACAGGGUGAAAGAAAGUUUAACCACAAGAGUCUCAAAACUAGUAUGUUCUAUAUUCUUAGGCCUUCUUGCUAUUGUUGGACUCAUCACAUUCAUUUUAUGGCUAAGUCUUCGCCCUCAUCGGCCACGAAUUUUCCUCAAUGACUUCUCUGUUCCAGCUUUAGGCCAAGGAAUUGGUGGACCUGAAAAUGCACAAAUAAACUUCAAAGUCACAGCAAGAAAUUCUAAUCAAGGUAUUGGGGUUUACUAUGAUGCAAGUCAAGUGACAGUGUAUUAUCAAGAACAAAGUAUUGGAGGGUACCAAGUGUUGACACCAUUCUAUCAACAGCCUAAGAAUAGUACCAUUUUUGCUAGUAUGCUUAGUGGUUCAUCAUUGACAGUGACAGGGUCGCAGUGGAAGCAAAUGCAGAAUGAUCGAACGAGAGGGCCAGUGAUUUUUCGUCUUGAAUUAACAUCAACUAUAAGAUUUAAGAUUUCGUCGUGGAACAGUAAACGCCACAGGAUGCAUGCUAAUUGUCCUGUUGGAGUAGGACAAGAUGGCAUGAUAUUGCCUGCUUAUAUGGAUAAGAGAUGUCCAGUUUAUUUUAGCUGAUUUAGGAAGGGGAGCAUUCAUUUCAAAUCUUUUCCAUUUGUUAUCUUAUUCUUAUUGAUUUUUUCAUUUUUAGGAUUGUAUUUUACUAAUUGAACUGCAUUAUUUCUGAUAUAUAUGUUUCUUUAACAAAGUAUGACAAAUGGCAGUGGAAAAUGUACUUUAGAAUUGGCAUGUAAACCACUGUGGAGGUCGAAAUCUUCAAAAACUCGAUGGAGAAGAACGCAGCAAAGGCUUAACUAGAAAGCUCGAACUGUAUUUGUGUCGAUUUUCUAGUUCAUCCCUUUGAUAAUCUCAGCAAUAUACUAAACAAUAGCUAACGGACAUUCAGAAUAUUCGCUCGGACACGGGUGCGGGUGUCCGACACGGGUGCGGAUUUAGAGGUCGGAUCCUUUGAAAUGUAAAUUCUAAGAUUCGGGGAUACAGAUCCUAGUACGGAUCCGGGUGCGGGGAUCCGGCUAAAAAUAAUUCAAAAUAAAAUAAAAAUUAAAAAAUAUCUCUAAAUUAUGAGAAAUUUUAUGGAAUACUUACGUUAGCUUGUAAAGUGUGGAUUUCUUUUUUAUUCUCAAGUUGUAAACAAGUAAAGGAUUGAUUUCCUAAAUAAGUUAUGUUAUUUUCUUCAAAUUUACGCUUUUGGUUCUGAUUUCGGGAAUCAAAUUGUAUCUUGUCUCGAAUUUUUUCGUCCGUUGUGGUCAAAGUACCCAAGAUUGUUUGACCGGAUCCGGUACGGAUCCCAUACCCACACCCAUACUAGUGUCGUGUCGACACGGGUGCGGCACCUAAACUGCCAUGUCGGAGCAACUUAGCGUCAGAAGAUAUAGACAAAUCCAAAACUGCAGUUAUUUAACACUGGGAGUGAAGCACCGGGGGUAAUUUAAAGAUAUCAAGUUAACCAUCGAGACAGGCCAAAUAGAUGUUUUUUAAACAUGAUUUUGCUUUCGAAGGAGCAUGCAAUGUUUUAAAAGGUAAGAGGAACAACAAUUUCAUGUACAGAGACAUUUUUAAGCUAUCCAAAGAACACAUGCUCAACAUACAUAGGAGCAAAAGAAUACAAGUGAUAUGGAAAUAAUAGUCCCAGGGAUGGUUCACUGGGUGCACAUCAAAUGGCAUGCAUAGUCAUGAAUAAAUUGUUCAAAAUUUUGAGUUUACGAUUGGCAUUCAA